AGGCCCACAAAAAUGUGUAAAGUAAAAUUAUAAUAUCAAAAAUAUCUCCAAUACCCAUCUAAAUAUCCACAAAGUAGUCAAAUUGGUUUGAGCAAAUAAUGCAUAGCUCCAUUAUGGUCUAUAUUUCUAUUCUUCCUUGUAUAUUGUAUGCAAGUCGGCCGACUUUAUAUGAUUUAUAGCUGCAACAGCAAAGAUCUGAAAGAGUGUACAUACUUCGGCUUCCCGAAGUAAUCUGCCCUUCACAUUAAAGACAAUUAUCUAACAUAUUUCUUCCCUUUUUUAAGAAAAUGAGUUCCACGACAGUAGAUCGACUCCAACGUUUGGAGGAAGAAGUCCGCGGGUUGCGCGAGGAAGUCAAGGCAGGCAACGCCCUGGUUUUGGCCAUUUUGCAAAAAAUGGUUCCAAUAACCAGGGAGGACUUCCCAAUCCAAACGUUGGAGCGAUUGAAAGAGAUAUAAAUCGUUAAUUAAUAAUAACAUUGUUACAAAUUUAAAUAAACUUAUAAGCCCAGAUGUAAUAAUGGAACUAAAUUACGGGGGCACAAAAAAAAAGGGGAUUGUCUCUUUUAAAAAUUUUAAUUUGAUACUACAAGGUACGCCGAAGUAAUCUGCCCUUCACAUUAAAGACAAUUAUCUAACAUAUUUCUUCCCUUUUUUAAGAAAAUGAGUUCCACGACAGUAGAUCGACUCCAACGUUUGGAGGAAGAAGUCCGCGGGUUGCGCGAGGAAGUCAAGGCAGGCAACGCCCUGGUUUUGGCCAUUUUGCAAAAAAUGGUUCCAAUAACCAGGGAGGACUUCCCAAUCCAAACGUUGGAGCGAUUGAAAGAGAUAUAAAUCGUUAAUUAAUAAUAACAUUGUUACAAAUUUAAAUAAACUUAUAAGCCCAGAUGUAAUAAUGGAACUAAAUUACGGGGGCACAAAAAAAAAAGGGGAUUGUCUCUUUUAAAAAUUUUAAUUUGAUACUACAAGGUACGCCGAAGUAAUCUGCCCUUCACAUUAAAGACAAUUAUCUAACAUAUUUCUUCCCUUUUUUAAGAAAAUGAGUUCCACGACAGUAGAUCGACUCCAACGUUUGGAGGAAGAAGUCCGCGGGUUGCGCGAGGAAGUCAAGGCAGGCAACGCCCUGGUUUUGGCCAUUUUGCAAAAAAUGGUUCCAAUAACCAGGGAGGACUUCCCAAUCCAAACGUUGGAGCGAUUGAAAGAGAUGGACGAAAAACUGUACGAGAAAGGGGACACGUAUACACCGAUCUUUAAAUCGAUAUUAAAUAAUAACAUUGUUACAAAUUUAAAUAAACUUAUAAGCCCAGAUGUAAUAAUGGAACUAAAUUACGGGGGCACAAAAAAAAAAGGGGAUUGUCUCUUUUAAAAAUUUUAAUUUGAUACUACAAGGUACGCCGAAGUAAUCUGCCCUUCACAUUAAAGACAAUUAUCUAACAUAUUUCUUCCCUUUUUUAAGAAAAUGAGUUCCACGACAGUAGAUCGACUCCAACGUUUGGAGGAAGAAGUCCGCGGGUUGCGCGAGGAAGUCAAGGCAGGCAACGCCCUGG